AUUAGCUACAGUAUGUCCUAGGCGACUAGCUAAUUGUUUAGGUUUGACUAGUUCAACAAUCCCCAUAGUUAUAUGUUCCUAAUAUGUUAGUUACCAUUUGCAGACACGUACUGCACGAGAAGGACUUAAAACAGCCCACAAGGGGCCACACUGAAAACCAAGUAGCAGGCAGACCCACAUUAUCUGGCACCACCAUCAUAAUAAUAGGUUAGAUAAUUACAAGUGUGUGACUUACUGUCGAGUUGAAGACCAUCACUUAGGAGGACCACAUCACCAGGUAACUACAACAAAGAUGGGGAACAAUGCAAUCAAAGCCCAUCUGGAGAACUCACAGAAGACUGGGAUCUUUCAGCUGACAGGGAAAGGCCUUCCUGAGUUCCCCGAGGAGCUCCAGAGGUUGACUGGAAACCUACGGACUGUAGAUCUGUCCUCCAACAAGAUUGAAGUGCUACCUGCUGCCAUAGGAAACUUCCUUCAGAUGAAGAGUCUGACUUUAAACUGUAAUAAACUCACAAGUCUCCCAGAUGAAAUUGGAAAGCUGAAGAAACUAGAGACUCUUUUGCUGAACGGGAACCACCUGACGCAGCUCCCUAGCACUGUAGGACAGUUGAAAGCGUUGCGCACCCUCAGCCUGUCAGGGAACAAAUUCCGGGAGUUUCCUGCUGGCCUUGGCUCCCUACGACACCUGGACGUUCUGGACCUGUCCAAGAACCACAUCCAGGUGGUGCCUGCUGAGGUGGCGGCCUUGCAGGCCAUUGAGAUCAAUCUCAACCAGAACCAGAUUUCAGUGGUGUCUGCGGCGGUGUCCACCUGCCAGAGGCUGAAGGUGCUGAGACUGGAGGAGAACUGUCUGGAGCUCACCUCCAUCCCUGUGUCCAUCCUUACCACCUCCCAGGUGUCCCUGCUCUCCGUGGAGGGCAACCUGUUUGAGGUGAAGAAUAUGCGUGACCUGGAAGGGUAUGAGAAGUACAUGGAGCGCUUCACUGCAACCAAAAAGAAAUUUGCCUGAACAAUAGAAAGAGAGCAUCCCCCUGAGUCCAGCUUGUGAUCUACCCUCAAGCACCCUCUCUAAAUGGUUGUGGCGUACUACAGUAAAUAUGGCUUCUGCACUGCUGCGGCAACAGGUUACAACGGAGAAGGACCACUGUAGAGAAGGACUGAUCGAGAGCAUGCUACAGGACUGCAUAUGAAAACAACAGGACACCAUUUUAGUUUUUUUGUUGUUGAAUUUUUACCCCCUU